AUGAGCCAGACAAUCAGAGUUGCAGCUUGUCACGCAUCGCCCGUGGUUUUGUCGGCAGCGGAAACGACCAAGAAAUGCAUUCGUCUCAUCCACGAAGCCGCCAGCAACGGCGCCAACCUCGUCGUCUUCCCAGAAACCUACAUUCCCGCCUUUCCAGUCUGGAGCUCGAUGCUGCCGCCGACAGAAAAUCACGAUUUCUUUGCUCGCAUGGCGCAGGAGUCGGUCUAUGUCGACGGGGAUGAAGUGAAAUCCAUCCGCAACGCCGCCAAGGAAAAGCGCAUCUUCGUCAGCGUCGGCAUCUCAGAAAAGGUACGGUACAGCAGCGCGACACUGUUCAAUACGAAUCUCAUCAUCAGCGACGACGGCACGCUGCUCGUGCAUCACCGCAAAAUGGUGCCCACCUUUUUCGAGAAGCUCACGUGGAGCCCCGGCGACGGCCACGGUCUGCGUGUUGUUGACGUCGCUCCUUCCGGCUGCAAGCUGGGCGCUCUAAUCUGUGGCGAGAACACAAACCCGCUGGCGCGGUACUCGCUCAUGGCGCAGGGCGAGCAGCUGCACGUCUCAGCCUGGCCACCCAUUUGGCCCACCAGGGAUCCAACAACCGCGGAAACGGGCGCCAAUUAUGACAAUGUGGCAGCCAACAGAACUCGUGCGGCGGCCCACUGCUUCGAAGCGAAGUGCUUUGGCGUGCUGUGUGCCGGUCAUCUGGAUGGCGCUGCGGUCGAGGCCAUCGUAUCGGCGUGCAGUGAUCCGGAAUUGGUGCGCAAAAUAAUCGAUCACUCGCCUCGCGGUGCGUCCAUGUUCUUGGACCCCACAGGAGCUCUUAUCACCGGCUUCACCAUCCGGAAUGGAGAGCAAGAAGAGAAGGAUUAUCUGCAGGCUGAUGAAGGAAUAUUGUACGCCGACCUGGACCUCGGCAAGUGCGUCGAGGGUAAGCAGUUUCACGAUGUGGUGGGCGGGUAUCAGCGGCUUGAUAUUUUCGACCUGAGGGUGGACAGGACUCGAAGAGAGCCCGUCGUACUGCGGGAUUGA